AUGUAUCCAGGUCCUUUUAAACCAGUACCAAUGGGUUUUCAAUAUCCUGGACAACAACCAGCAUCAUCACUUUAUCAAUCACCAUAUGGUGCUUAUAAUAAUUAUGCACCACCAACACGUGAACGAUCAGUACCAGCAUCGACUAAAGCGAAUCUACCACCUACUGGACCUUAUGCUCCAACACCAACUCGACGACAUUCAAAACAUUCACGACCAACACAAUGUCAACAUUAUGAUUAUAAUAAUACUAAUCAGGAAUCAAAAUGUAACUCAACUAAACGAUAUCAAAGACAACCAUAUACACCACCAAAUGGCGUAGCUGAUCAAAGUUUAUAUUCGGAUGAAGUCAAAACUUCAGAAGAACUUAAUAGAAGUCCUUCACCUCCAUCAAAAAGCCGUUUAAAACCGGAAGAUAUAAAUAAUUUUGAUCACGAACAAAAACUUAAUGGAUAUAAGCAUGCAAGUGGUGAAAUUGUUCAAAAUGGAGAUGAAUUACGAAAUUCUCAAGAUUAUAAUAAACGUAAAUCACGUUCAAAACGAAGAGCACAUCAUCGACAUCAUCAUGGACCACAACCAUCUUCAUCACAAAAACGAGUAACUAUUUAUUCGAAAAAAAAUAAUGAGAUUCGAAUGUUUGUUUUUUUUAAGAAUCAACAUCCACCACUUUACAAUAGCCAUUAUCAAAGUCAUGAAGAUUCAUCUCGACGUGAUGAUGCCUAUUAUAAACAAGCAAAACGUCCAGCACGAGCAACACAUAUAGAUGAACGUCAUGCAGCAGGUGUUGUUCAUCCUCCUGAACGACCAUAUUCCAGUGUUUAUUCACCUUAUAGUCCUUAUCAACAACCACCAGGUUAUUAUACACCUGCAGCACAUUAUAAUCCACCUCCGCCAGUACGACAAAAUCCACCUGAUCUUAAUAGUCCAUUUGAACGAGAAAUUCAACGUUUACGUAAUCAUAUUCAUGCAUUAGAAAGUGAAUUACAAAAUUUACAAAGAAAAAUACAUAAAACGACAUUAAAUCAUCCUGAUACAGCAACACAAGAUGAUUAUAAUUUUAAAAAACAUCGAGGAAAACGUCAUAGUAUGCGUUCACCUCGUCAAACACCUGUUAUUGUUGAAAUAAAUAAUGGACAUGGUGAUAAUGUUCGAGAUCUUUCAUCAAAAAAACGUCAUCAUCGAGCAGGUAGUCAUGUGAAUUCUCAACGUAGUAAACAACAACAACCACAACUUCAGCCACAACCACAACCACCACAGGCACCACCACCACAGCAACAACAACUUCGUCAUUCAAGUAAAGUUCCUGAAAGAGUUGUUAAAUUACAUAAUUAUAAAGCACCAAGUCAAAGUCCAAAAGAACAAGAAAUUAAUGUUUGUGAUUGUGCAUGUAUAGUUACGAAUCAUAUACCUAUACCGGAACCAGAUGUUAAACCUAUACCUAUAGUAAUAGCAAAACAACCACGUGAAGAAGCUGCUGUACAAUUAGCACAAUUAGCACAUGCUGCAGCUGCACGUGUUCAAGCUCGUCAACAUAUUCCACCACCACCACCUGUUCAACAUCAACAUGUUCAAUUACCCGAACCAUUACCACCUCAAUCACAACAGAUGAUUCGUGAUUUAAAUGGUUCACAUCCUCAAAAAUUAAUGUCAACAGAUUUAAAUAAUAAUCAUAAUCAAUUAAAUAAUAAUGAAAUCUAUAAUUUAGGUGAACGAAAUAAUCGUUCAGCUGAAAAAAUUCUUGAUGCAUUUGAACGUUUUUAUAAAAAUAUUGGAAGAUCAUCAACAAGUCCAGUUAAAGUUAAAUAUAUACCUGGAGAAGCAAAUUGUAAUCAUUGUCAACAUCGAAAUAUAAAUACAAAUACAAAUAUUCAAUGUCCAACAGGAAGUCGACUUAGUCAAAGUUCAUCAACAACAUCAUCCAUUUCAGAGAGAGUAGUUAUACAAGAGUGUAAACAAAAAACGACAUUUGCCUAUGCCUAA